ACAGAACCGACGCAUUUACUUAUCUAAUACGAUAGACUAAAUACCAAAUUCCAGGAUUUCUUUAACAAACAUUGAAAACCUACAGUGCUAAUUGUCGCAUAUUUUGUAAGAUAACUGCAAGCCAGUUACAAAGGUGUUACAGGGCACUUCCGCUGUCAGAUGACACGUGGUACAACACUCUAAGAUGGCUGUGGGCAUGGAUGUUGUUUUGGCCGGCUGCACUCUCAUAUUCGCUGUUUAUUCGGUAACUGCAGAACUACCACGUAAAAAAUUUGAAUAUAAGCUCAGUUUAAAGGGGCCGCAUCUUAUACAGAGUGAUGGGUCAAUUCCUUUUUGGACGCACGGUGGAAAUGCAAUUGCUAGUGACCAGUCUAUAAGAGUAACUCCAUCUCUUCGAAGUCAAAAAGGGUGGGUGUGGUCUAAGAAUACCAACCCCCAUGAGCAUUGGGAGGUUGAGGCAACCUUCAGGAUAUCGGGCAGAGGAAGAGUUGGAGCUGAUGGACUGGCCAUCUGGUAUACCACACAACAAGGAAUGGAUGGACCAGUGUUUGGUGGAAAAGACCAGUGGAAUGGUCUCGGAGUAUUCUUUGACUCAUUUGAUAAUGAUGGCCAACACAACAACCCCUAUGUUAUGGUGAUGCUGAAUGAUGGCACUAAACAAUAUGAUCAUAAUAGUGAUGGUCAGCACCAGCAACUAGGAGGCUGCCUCAGGGAUUUUAGAAACAAACCUUUCCCUGUAAAAGCUAAAAUUGAAUACUACAAGAAUGCCCUUACACUUUCCAUCCAUAAUGGUAUGACCAACAAUAAGGAUGAUUAUGAAAUCUGUGUCAGGGCAGAGAAUGUAAAUCUUCCAAGGAAUGGGUACUUUGGUGUCUCAGCAGCCACAGGUGGACUAGCAGGAGCUGUUGAUGAUCAUGACUUGGUGUCAUUUAUCACCCACUCCUUGACAGUGCCAGUGACAGGGGUAUGCAUAAUCUAUACAACUUUUUUUGGCAUGGUUCACCUUUUUCUGUAUAAAAUCCUAGAUUUAUUGUGAAGCUCAUUUAUUAGU